AGAAAAUCAAAACAAACACACAAGGCAAGCAAAAGCAGUGAUGCAGUCGUGUUGUAAAUUUUGAAGAAAAAGUUCAAAAUUCUGUGAUUUUGUUUAAUCAUUCUUGAUUAUGUCCAAAGAUUAGUGUUAGUUGCGUGUUUUAGUGUUACUUCCGAAUGGCAAUACAAGUGUUACGGUCCAAAUUCGUUCCAACCCGCCAAACCAAUCGAUUCGCAGCGUUCGGCUUUGUUUUGAUUUGAUUCCGUAAAAAAAAUAAUCCCCAAGUUUCCCUGACUUGAGCCAUAUUUGGAUUAGCUGUGGGAUUGAGUCGGUGAAUCACACAAUCCGACGAGAUGCCAUUUCGGGACUGGAAAAUCGUUCGGGUUUUGGCCGGAAUCGCGAUGCGAAUCUGGGCCGCGUCCGGAGCUGCCCUGCUGGCCGCCUUCGUCAUGUACAUCGUGUACGGCGGCUUCUUUGCCUUUCUGCUGCUUCUGUUUGCCGUUUCCGGAAUUUUGUACCACGCGCAGGACAAUCUGCUGUACCAUCCGGAUUUGCCGGCCAACUCGCGGAUAUUCGUGCCGGUUCCGUCGAUGCACGGGCUGCCGUACGAAACGCUGCACCUGAAGACCCGCGAGGGCGUCUCGCUGCACGCUUUCUGGAUUCGCCAUCCGGGUGACAAGGGUCGGUACGUUCCGACGAUCGUGUAUUUUCACGGCAACGCCGGAAACAUGGGCCAUCGGUUGCAGAAUGCCGGCGGGUUCUUCCACACGCUUCAGUGCAACGUGCUGAUGGUGGAGUACCGUGGGUACGGCCUGUCCGACGGAGCGCCCAGCGAGCGGGGCUUCUUCCUGGACGCGAAAACCAUUCUCGAUCAUCUGUUCAGCCGGCACGACCUGGACCACAGCCAAAUCGUGGUGUUUGGUCGUUCGCUGGGUGGUGCCGUGGCCAUCGAUCUCGCCGCGGACGCCGUGUACGGUUCCAAGCUGAUGGGCCUAAUCGUGGAGAACACUUUCACGAGCAUUCCGGACAUGGCCGUGGAGUUGAUUCAUCCGUGCGUCCAGUAUCUGCCGCUGUGCUGCUACCGGAACAAAUUUCUGUCCGUGCACAAGAUCCAGUUUGUGUCGGCACCGACGCUGUUCGUUUCCGGCCUGGCCGACACCCUAGUGCCUCCGAAGAUGAUGACGAUGCUGCACACGCGCUGCGGAAGUACCCGGAAGAACAUGCUGCAGAUUGUGGGCGGAUCGCACAACGACACGUGGGCCAUCAGCGGGUGAGUGGGAUUGAUGGAAAUUUGUUCAAUGAUUUACGUCUGUUUGUCUGUGAUUUUUGAGUGGUUUUGACAACUGAAGAGCAAUAUCAUAAAAAAGCUCUAUCAUAAAAUCAAAUUCAUUAUGCCGCGACAUAGACGGAGCGUUGAAUAACAUAGUUAGAUGCACUCUAGGUACUUGACUUUCCCGUCGUCGGUGUUAGGGAAGCGUCAAUUCUCUGCAUUUUGAAAACAUUCGAUAGGUUAUAAAAGAGGUUUGGAUUGUCACACAAUUCACACACUUUGAACGCCUAGAACCGUGUAGGAACAGAGACUACCAGUCCAGUGGUUCUCAACCUUACUUCCAUUUCCCCUUGGCUGGUCGAUUACUGGUUGACUGGUCUCCUCUACCGGAUGUUGUUCUGGACGACCAGCGGACGUUGCAGGUUUCGCACGGGCAGAGGCGAUUACAGAAAAAAUAAGGAUCUCUUGUUUUGUAUUCGGUA